AUGGCCAAAGGAAAGGAAAAGAUGUAUAAGGACACUAUUAUGCAAGAUAAUGAUGCAAUUGUGGCAGACUUAUCUGAUGUAGAGGUGGACCUUGGUUUUUUAGGAAGUCCAGGAGACGCAUUUAUGUAUGAUGCUCUUGACCCGGGUGCAGAAUCUGAUGGUGCCAACUCUUGGCACUCAGAGGAGAUGAAGACUCCUCCUAAUUCUGAAGAUAAAUUGGAAUCUGAUGGAGAAUCAGAUGAAUUUUCAAUCUUCCAAGAGGGACAGAGAUUUGGUGAGUUGCAACUGCAAGUGGGAAUGAAGUUUAAUACUAAACAAGACUUCAGGGAUGCUGUGGCAGUGUGCCAGGUGGAAGAGUGCUCAUGGGUUGUUUAUGCCUCAAGGGAUCAUGAGGACUCUUGUUGGCAAAUCAAGACCUUUUAUGACGAUCAUGCAUGUCCAAGAGAGAAUUCUAAUACGGCUGCAAACAGAGCUUGGCUGGCAAGUAAGUUGGUCAAGAAGGUUAGAAAGUACCCCAACUUCAAGCAAUGUGAGGCUGCAACAUACUUUAGGUCUAAGUGUGAUCUCAUACUUCAUAAGAAUUCAUUAGCUCGAGCCUUGGCUGAUGCAAGAAAUAUUGUCUACGGGGAUGAAAAGGCACAGUAUGCCUUGUUAAGGGAUUAUGCUGAAACGCUGCUAAAGACCAAUCCGGGAUCCACUGUAAAGAUUGGGGUUACUCUACUGCCUGACGGCCAAGUAAUGUUUGAUAAAAUGUAUAUCUGCCUGAGUGGUUGCAAGAACGGGUUUAAAGCUGGUUGUCGACCUUUAAUCGGCCUCGACGGUGCAUUUCUGAAGACGCAGAUUGGUGGACAAAUAUUAUCAGCUGUCGCACAAGAUGCAAAUCACCACAUUUAUGUGGUUGCUUGGGCUAUAGUCAACAUUGAAAAUAAGGAGAACUGGAAAUAG